AUUUACAACUACUAUCGACUAUACUUUGAUAUUUAAAUUUUGCAUGUGGCAAAGAUUGAAGGAAACAAUCCAGUACAAUCUUUCAAGACUACGGGUGACCUUCAAAACAGGAUUUUUGCAGCGGUUUGUCGGCAAAUCGCCGUGAUUUGUAAUUUUGUAAUUUAAAUAUUUUGCAGCAUUUUCUUUAACAUGGCGGAACCAAUUAAAGUUGUUGUGACUGGUGCUGCUGGGCAGAUUGCAUACUCUCUUCUCUACCAAAUUGCUUCUGGAGCUGUUUUUGGCCCAGAACAACCAGUUUAUCUUCAUCUCCUGGAUAUUGCUCCAAUGAUGGGAGUUCUUGAGGGUGUUGUCAUGGAGUUAGCUGACUGUGCUUUGCCCUUACUUGCUGGAGUGCUCCCUACUGCCAACCCUGAAGAAGCAUUUAAGGAUGUAGCAGCUGCAUUUUUAGUAGGUGCUAUGCCCAGAAAAGAAGGUAUGGAACGUAAAGAUCUCUUAUCAGCUAAUGUUCGCAUUUUUAAAGAACAAGGGCAGGCCUUAGACAAAGUGGCACGUAAGGAUGUUAAAAUACUUGUUGUUGGAAAUCCAGCCAACACUAAUGCUUUGAUUUGUUCUAAAUAUGCCCCAUCAAUCCCUAAAGAAAAUUUCACUGCCAUGACGCGCCUUGACCAGAACCGUGCCCAAGCCCAAUUGGCAGCUAAAUUGGGGGUAAAGGUCCAGGAUGUUAAGAAUGUCAUCAUUUGGGGUAACCACUCCUCCACACAGUUCCCAGAUGCAUCAAAUGCUGUUGUCACAGUCAAUGGUGCUCAAAAGCCAGUGCCGGUAGCGCUAAAUGAUGAUGAAUUCUUGAAGUCCACCUUUGUCACAACAGUACAGAAGAGAGGUGCAGCUGUUAUUGCAGCUAGAAAAAUGUCCUCUGCUCUGUCAGCUGCUAAAGCAGCAUCAGACCACAUGAGAGAUUGGUUCUUAGGCACUGGUGAUCGUUGGGUUAGUAUGGGAGUUGUGUCUGAUGGGUCGUAUGGUACACCACGGGAUGUAGUGUUCUCAUUCCCUGUUACAGUCAGUAAUGGCAAGUGGAAGAUUGUUGAAGGCCUGACUAUUUCUGAUUUUGCCCGCAAAAUGAUUGAUGCAACAGGUAAGGAGUUGGAUGAAGAAAAGAAUGAUGCUUUGGAAGUAUGCAAGUAAUUUUAGGGUGUAGGUAUAAGGAUAAAUGAGAUUUAGUUGAUAUUAUUGGCAAUAAAUUAUCAUACUUUGUAUGUCAGUUGUAAUUUCACAGCUAUUAUUCUGUUGUAUUUAAUUCUUGUUUAAGUGAGCAUUUAGAUAGCUGUGUUGUUUAGAAUGAAAUAAAAACUAUUCAUAUUUU